AACACUCUGAGAGAGAGAAACAUCUUUGCGUUUCCGUGUCUACAAGUCUUUCUGUGAGACUUGUUUCUAAUCUCCAACGCAAAUACGCAACACGAGUUCUCAACUUCAUUUUGUUUCUUCUCAAACAACAACAACAAUUACUACCUUUUUUUUUGUGUUUUUAAAUUAGAAACUGAGAAUAAAGGCGCAAUAUUUAUCCCUCCUCGUUCGCAGAAUUGAUCUCUGAACCCGACCCAUUUUUGAAAUUGGAAAACCCAGUUAGCCUAUCCCUUUCUGGGUGUUCCCAAAUAUGAAGCUUCGGAGAUCAUGGCUGGGUUUUUUUCUAGGGUUUAUGUUGCUGUCCUCGGCUAUGGGGAAAUUCGUGGUUGAGAAGAACAGCUUGACGGUGACGUCGCCGGAGAAGAUCAAGGGCACGCACGACAGCGCGAUUGGCAACUUUGGGAUACCACAGUACGGAGGUAGCAUGGCUGGGAACGUCGUGUACCCCAAAGAUAAUCACAAGGGUUGCAAGGAUUUCGAUGAGUCUGGGAUUUCCUUCAAAUCCAAGCCUGGAGCUCUUCCCACUAUCGUUUUGCUCGAUCGCGGAAAUUGCUUCUUUGCAUUGAAGGUCUGGAAUGCCCAGAAGGCUGGAGCUUCAGCAGUUCUUGUUGCAGAUGAUAUUGAGGAAAAAUUAAUAACCAUGGACACACCUGAAGAGGAUGGAUCAUCUGCAAAAUACAUAGAGAACAUAACAAUACCAUCAGCUCUCAUUGAAAAAAGUUUCGGUGAAAAAUUAAAGAAUGCCAUAAGUGAUGGGGAUCUGGUCAACGUAAAUCUUGAUUGGAGAGAGGCUGUCCCCCACCCAGAUGAUCGUGUGGAGUAUGAGUUGUGGACCAACAGCAAUGAUGAGUGUGGGAUUAAAUGUGAUAUGUUGAUGGAAUUUGUGAAGGAUUUUAAGGGUGCAGCACAGAUAUUAGAGAAAGGUGGUUACACUCAAUUUACACCCCAUUAUAUAACUUGGUAUUGUCCUCAGGCAUUCACAUUAAGCAAACAGUGCAAGUCCCAGUGCAUAAAUCAUGGAAGAUAUUGCGCUCCAGAUCCUGAGCAGGAUUUCAGCAGUGGUUAUGAUGGGAAAGAUGUGGUUGUUGAAAAUUUAAGGCAGCUAUGUGUUUUCAAGGUGGCAAAUGAAACCAAAAAGCCUUGGGUGUGGUGGGACUAUGUAACUGAUUUUCAAAUUAGAUGCCCAAUGAAAGAGAAAAAAUACAACAAGGAAUGUGCAGAUGCUGUCAUUGAAUCACUUGGUCUUGAUAUUAAAAAGAUUGAAAGGUGCAUGGGAGAUCCAAAUGCUGAUUCUGAAAAUCCUGUUUUGAAAGAAGAGCAAGAUGCCCAAGUUGGGAAGGGAUCACGAGGUGAUGUUACCAUAUUGCCUACUCUAGUUGUCAAUAAUCGACAGUAUCGAGGAAAAUUGGAGAAAGGUGCUGUUAUGAAAGCUAUUUGUGCUGGUUUUGAAGAAACUACUGAACCCGCUGUUUGUUUGAGCAGUGAUGUGGAGACAAAUGAGUGCUUGGAGAACAAUGGAGGUUGUUGGCUGGAUAAAGCUGCUAACAUCACCGCAUGCAAGGAUACAUUCCGUGGGCGAGUGUGUGAAUGCCCCUUGGUGGAUGGUGUGCAGUUCAAAGGAGAUGGUUAUACAACAUGUGAAGCUAGUGGACCUGGGCGGUGCAAGAUAAACAAUGGAGGUUGUUGGCAUGAAGCCCGGAACGGACAUGCAUUUUCUGCUUGUUCGGAUAAUGGCGUAGUUAGAUGCCAGUGUCCUGCAGGGUUUAGAGGUGAUGGUAUCAAAAAUUGUGGAGACAUAGAUGAAUGCAAAGAGAAGAAAGCUUGUCAGUGCCCUGAAUGUAGCUGCAAGAAUACUUGGGGCAGCUAUAACUGCAGUUGUAGUGGGGAUCUUCUGUAUAUCAGGGACCAUGAUGCCUGCAUAAGUAAAACUGCCAGUCCGGAGGGAAAAUCUGCGUGGGCUGCUUUUUGGGUCAUUUUAAUUGGCUUAGUUCUGGCUGCUGGAGGAGCAUACCUUGUGUACAAAUAUAGAAUAAGGUCAUAUAUGGAUUCUGAAAUCAGAGCCAUCAUGGCACAGUAUAUGCCCUUGGACAGCCAAGGAGACCUCGUAAAUCAUCAUGUCAACGAUGAAAGAGCAUGAAAGGAAAAACUUGUCAGCCUUUUGGGAUAUCAUGUGUGAAGCAUGGGUGUGGCUAACCCUGUACCUUUUUGAGCUGUUGAGGAUUCUGAGCAUUGAAUUUAAUAGACUGUACCAUAUGGACAAUAAAAAGGUUGAGAAUUAGAUAAUUAUCCUGCGUUUUUUAUUGGGAAUGUAGCAAGUUGUAUACUUCAAAGUGCUGAGUUUAGGGCAGACUCGUUAAGUUAUUUCACUAGAUUUUAGGAUUUCUGUUUAUGUGACAUCUUGUUCCACACUUCUGAUAUUGUAACCUGUCUUGCUUUUUAAUACAGGCUUAAG